AUGCGGAGGCCCCUCGAAGAUGCCAUCAAAGCCAUGAAAAGACGUCUCAUCAAUUCAUCUCCCUGCGACUCAUAUGGAGACGGGAAAAGACUGAUAGCGGAUGCGGCAGAGUUAUUCUCCGACGUGGAAGUGACUAUGCGUAACGAGCGGUCGGAUCAGGAGAAGAAGGUUGCCUUGGCAUGCAGCGAGAGAGACCAAUGGGAAAGGUUAUACCGCCAAGCGGAAGCUGACGCCAUGCGCUUCAAAGCGCAGUUGAGGGCCCUGGGUACCAGUCCCCUACCUUCAGAAAGCGGCUCGUCGAGCCGCGACUCGCCGAGCCGCGGACGACGGAGCGGCAGCAGGCCCAGGAGCGGCAACGGCAACGGCAGCCGCGAUAGGAGCACAAGCCGACGAGGAGGGUUACGGAGGAGAGACAGCGACGCAAGCCGACACGUACACUUUGCAUCAUCGGCAAUAAAUCGAGAUUCGCCACCCGAAAGCAUGCGUCAAGACAACGAGCGACGAAGAGGGACCUAUAGUCUGUCCGGCGAGGAGCUCCGCAAUCGCAACAGCGCUGACCGCGCAGAGUCUGAGAGGAAAAAGAAGAAAAUCUUGGCCGAGCGAGACAGGCUAGCCCAGAGAUUCGAAAUUCACUCCCGGGGGCCGCCCAGAGUGUACUUUCCAGGUGUUUCGCAGCCCCAUGGACCGCCUCACCCACCUCCUCCUCCCCCUCCUCCACCACCACCAGCGCCUCCUCCUCCUCCUCCCCAUCCAUUCAUGUACGAUGACUUUUAUAUUCCGCCUCCCAUUCCGGAUCCUCUUGCAGUCCAUCCUGACGAAAUUCCUCAUCGCCCUGGCGCCAUCCCGUGGGACUUUCGCGAAUAUGUCUUGCGCCAGAGGACAGACGGCCCUCACUGGUAG